AAAAAUUACUAGCCUCUUUUUUCUAGAAUGCAAUUAGGUUUUAGAAUCAGAUAAAAGUCAAAGUAAAUGCUUAGGAAUUGAAUUAAAGCAACCUUGAUCUCUAGAAAUAGUACAUAACCUGAACCUGACAAGUCUUAUAAAUGCUUAUGUUCUGUUAGACGUCACAUAAGGUUGGAUGUACUUGUCCCACGUUCGAUACGAUCAGACUGGGUCGAAGUGCGUAUUCGUCAGACUGGAAAUCGAGAAACACCUCCGAGAACGUCCCAGUACUGACCUUGUUCCGUCUGAACCCCUGCCUUUUCAAAAAGAAAUAUUUUCACACUGUCUAUGGGAGGUGACGAAGCUGUCGAGGAAAAACAGUGCUAAUAAACAAAUACGCCAUGGACGAGAACAACUCCGAUUCAAAAGAAUUUUCGAUUGAAGAAUUCGAUGCAAAUCUUCCAAAUACAGUGACAUUAUUGCGUGGCGCGAAUGAUUCGAAGCUUUAUCUUGUCGGGACUGCUCACUUCAGCCUCGAGAGCCAACAAGAUGUUUCUCGGGUUAUACAAGCUGUUAAGCCUGACAUAGUUGUUGUUGAGCUUUGUAAAGGAAGGGCCAACAUUCUUCGUAUGGAUGAAAAGACAAUUGAAGAAGAAGUGAGAAAUUUAUCAUUAGAAAAGAUGAUAAAUAUUAUAAAAGAGAAUGGAGUACUUCAAGGCAUGUUGAACAUUCUUCUUUUAAACCUUUCUGCUCAGCUUACUCGAGACUUGGGCAUGGCACCUGGUGGCGAAUUCCGGAAAGCGUUUCAAGAGGUAAAAAAAUUGAGGCACUGCCUUUUCCACUUUGGUGACAGGCCUAUAAAAGUAACGUUAAAGCGAGCUCUUAGUGUUUUAACUUGGUGGGAAACUAUCAAACUGGCAGUUACACUUAUUUUCCAAAAGCCAAACGUCAGCCGGGAAGAUGUCGAAAGAUACAAAGAGUGCGACAUCCUUGAAUCUAUGCUUCAAGAAUUGACAGAAGGAUUCCCUAAACUGGGCAAAGUGUUCAUCGAGGAAAGAGAUAAAUAUCUAACUUACAGUCUUCAGCUGGCGACUUGCAUAACUUUUCCUCCGGGUACAGGUCAAGGAGAGCCUGUCGUUGCUGUAGGGAUUGUCGGGAUUGGUCAUACUCCUGGUAUUUUAAAACUUUGGGGAAAAGUCAAAGAAUCAGAUAUCCCUCCCAUUUUAAUAGUGAAUGAUAAACCAAGCAAAGGCUAUUUUAAAAAGAGUCUUGCUGUUGGACUGGCUCUAUAUAUUGGAUAUAAAGUAGUAAGAUCUAUUCCAUCCUCAUUUACAACCAAGUUGUUAACUGCAAUAAAACUUUGAGCAGAGUGAGAAGUUAUCUUCAGCAAUCUUAAUUACAUUACAUUUUUGAAAGUUUAAUUUUAUAUUUUAUUUUUUUACUGUUUUAUUUUUGCACGUUAAAAAAAGUGCAUUUUAUCACUGUUGUUUUAAAUUUGUUGUUUUAUUUUUUUUAAAUAAUGCCUUUAAUUAAAAGUAUUUUUCCAUUAUUAAUUAAGACUAUUGUUAAGUAUGUUUUGUUAAUUAUUGAACAGUGAUUGUGUGUGUGUGUGUGAGUAAUAAGUUUUAACUGGUUAUGGUGUUUAAUGUAAAAACAGGCAUGAUUUGAUGAAAUGAGUAAAUUUAGCAAAACAGACAAGUCUUCGAUUUACUCAGGUAAAAUAUAAUUUUAUAAACUACAA